AUGGCGAACUGGAGGUUGGAGUCUGGCAUCUGGUCUCUGGUCUCUGGGCCGGUAAGCCUGUUGUUCUCUCGCCUCGGCUAUCGGUUGUGUCAGCCUCGGCCGGAGGUCUGGAGCAGAGUCCUAUUGCCGGGCGUCGGAGGCAUCGUCGGAAUCAGCAGAUUUGUCGAUGCAGUUGUCUGGUGGAGAGGGAUCAUAGAAACGGUGGCGUUUUCAACCGACCGCCGAGUGCCCCCACAGACAACCGGCCAGAAAAUAGGCAAUACAGAGGCCAGCCACCACUCCCAGUCCGAGGUGGUGGGGGUUCUGUUGCCAGGGCGCUCGGUCAGCAGCAAAUCUGUUCUCGGACGGCGUCUGAAGAAGGCGUUGGUGACCACGUCACCAGCAGAAGUGCAGAUAACGUGA